AUGUGCGGCGUCGGCGGCCACAGCAUCCGCCUCCACGAUCUGAUUGUCCGCCUGAUCGCCGCCACCGCCAUGCGAGAGACCGGGUGCGCCGCUCACCUCGAGAAGGGCCUCGGCUCCUCCACCGCCGCCGGCAAGAAAAUCGACGCCGUGCUGUCGUUUGCAAACCGAACCGUCUACGCGGGCUCCGCCGCGACCGCCGUCAUGACCGUCGACGUUUCCCGCCUCUGCCCCCUCCUGCCGAGCCACCUGCAGACCGCCGCGAAAGACGCCGCUGCCACCAUCGACGAGAGAGCCCGAGAGAAGAACGCGAAACACUUGGCCGGCUGCAUCGGCCUGGGACGCGCCUUCCUCCCUAUCGUCGUCACCACCCUCGGCGGCAUCGGCCCGCCCGCCUCCCGAGAUUUCCUCUCCUCCCUGUUCGCCAACUCAAUGGCCGCCGAGCGCGCCGCGGGCGGCUCCGGCCAGCUCACCGCCGAGCAGAUGCGGGCGCGGAUGAGGACCGAGGCUGCCAGGCCAACUUAG